AUGAACGCCCACACCAAGGAGAUGGUGCCACUCAUGGGCAGGAGAGCCACCAUUGCCAGUGGGAACCCUGCCAUCCUGACGGACAAGAGGCCAGCUGAGGUGACCCCCACCAAGAAGAGUGCACACUUCUUCCUGGAGAUAGAAGGUUUCGAGCCCAACCCCACCGUGGCCAAGACCUCUCCCCCCAUCUUCUCCAAGCCCAUGGACUCCAACAUCCGGCCUUGCCUCUCUGGCAACUGUGAUGACAUGGACUCCCCCCAGUCCCCACAGGACGAUGUGACAGAGACCCCAUCCAAUCCCAACAGUCCCAGUGCAAACCUGGCCAAGGAGGAGCAGAGGCGGAAAAAGAAGCGGCUGAAGAAGCGCAUCUUCACGGCUGUGUCAGAGGGCUGCGUGGAGGAGCUGCUGGAGCUGCUGGCAGAGCUGCAGGAGCUGUGCAGGCGGCGCCGUGGCCUGGAUGUGCCUGACUUCCUCAUGCAUAAGCUGACGGCCUCGGACACGGGCAAGACCUGCCUGAUGAAGGCCCUGCUCAACAUCAACGCCAACACCAAGGAGAUCGUGCGCAUCCUGCUCACCUUCGCCGAAGAAAAUGACAUCCUGGAGAGGUUCAUCAACGCCGAGUACACGGAGGAGGCGUACGAAGGCCAGACGGCGCUGAACAUCGCCAUCGAGCGGCGCCAGAGAGACAUCACCGCGGUGCUCAUCGCGGCGGGCGCCGACGUCAACGCGCACGCCAAGGGGGUCUUUUUCAACCCCAAGUACCAGCACGAGGGUUUCUAUUUCGGCGAGACGCCGCUGGCCCUGGCGGCCUGCACCAACCAGCCCGAGAUCGUGCAGCUGCUGAUGGAGAACGAGCAGACGGACAUCACCUCUCAGGACUCCCGCGGGAACAACAUUCUGCACGCUCUGGUGACGGUGGCCGAGGACUUCAAGACGCAGAACGACUUCGUGAAGCACAUGUACGACAGGAUCCUGCUGCGGAGUGGCAGCUGGGAGCUGGAGACCAUGCGCAACCACGACGGCCUCACGCCGCUGCAGCUGGCUGCCAAGAUGGGCAAGGCCGAGAUCCUGAAGUCCAUCCUUGGCCGUGAGAUCAAAGAGAAGCCGCUGCGGGGCCUGUCCAGGAAGUUCACCGACUGGGCUUAUGGGCCCGUGUCCUCCUCGCUCUAUGACCUCACCAAUGUGGACACCACAACUGACAACUCCGUGCUGGAAAUCAUCGUCUACAACACCAACAUUGAUAACCGGCACGAGAUGCUGACCCUGGAGCCGCUGCACACGCUGCUGCACAUGAAGUGGAAGAAGUUCGCCAAGUACAUGUUCUUUCUCUCUUUCUGUUUCUAUUUCUUCUACAACAUCACCCUGACGCUCGUCUCCUACUACCGCCCCAGGGAGGAGGAGGCCCUCCCGCACCCCUUGGCCUUGACACACAAGAUGGGGUGGCUGCAGCUCUUGGGGAGGAUGUUCGUGCUUAUCUGGGCCACGUGCAUCUCUGUGAAAGAGGGCAUUGCCAUCUUCCUGCUGAGACCUUCGGACCUGCAGUCCAUCCUGUCGGAUGCCUGGUUUCACUUUGUCUUUUUUGUCCAAGCUGUGCUUGUGAUACUCUCUGUCUUCUUGUACUUGUUUGCCUACAAAGAGUACCUCGCCUGCCUCGUGCUGGCCAUGGCCCUGGGCUGGGCGAACAUGCUCUACUACACGCGGGGGUUCCAGUCCAUGGGCAUGUACAGUGUCAUGAUCCAGAAGGUCAUUUUGCAUGAUGUCCUGAAGUUCUUGUUUGUCUAUAUCGUGUUCUUACUUGGAUUUGGAGUAGCCCUGGCAUCUCUGAUUGAGAAGUGCUCCCAGGACGACAAGGACUGCAGCUCCUACGGCAGCUUUGGGGACGCGGUGCUGGAGCUCUUCAAACUCACCAUAGGCCUGGGCGACCUGAACAUUCGGCAGAACUCCAAGUACCCCAUUCUCUUUCUGUUCCUGCUCAUCACCUAUGUCAUCCUCACUUUUGUCCUCCUCCUCAACAUGCUCAUCGCCCUCAUGGGGGAGACCGUGGAGAACGUCUCCAAGGAGAGUGAGCGCAUCUGGCGCCUUCAGAGAGCCAGGACAAUCUUGGAGUUUGAGAAGAUGUUGCCAGAAUGGCUGAGGAGCAGAUUCCGCAUGGGGGAAUUGUGUAAAGUGGCUGAGGACGAUUUCCGGCUGUGUCUGAGGAUUAAUGAGGUGAAGUGGACUGAAUGGAAAACACAUGUCUCCUUCCUGAACGAGGAUCCGGGGCCCAUCAAACGGACAGCAGACCUCAACAAGAUUCAAGAUUCUUCCAGGAGCAACAGCAAAACCACUCUGAAUGCAUUUGAUGAAAUAGAGGAAUUUCCAGAAACCUCGGUAUAGAAGCAGAG